CCCACGCGUGCCUGCACCGGGGCGGAUGCGAACUGCCAGGGACAUCUGAGCGCUCCGGUUCCGACGCGUCCUCCCACGGCCGUGUGGUGUUGGAGUCCUGCCGCAUGUCUGGUUUUAAGGAUGAGAAAAUUAUGCCCUCCCGGGAGUCCGAAGUUCCCCAGGAGGAACGGGAGAAAAUGACCAGGUUUCAGGAGGCUGUGACGUUCAAGGAUGUGGCUCUGGUCUUCACCAGGGAGGAGCUGGGGCUGCUGGACCUCACCCAGAGGAAGCUAUACCGAGAUGUGAUGGUGGAGAACUUCAAGAACCUGGUCGCAGUGGGGCAUCUUCCCUUCAAAUCAGAUAUGGUGUCCCAGUUGGAAGCAGAAGAAAGGCUUUGGAGGAAGGAAGCAGAGACCCAAGGAAGGGGACGCUCUGGGCAGGACCACACGGCUGUUCUUUCAGGUAGCAAGAAUCAAAACGAAUUGGAGACUCUUCGAAGAUUGGCCUUAAAAUACCUUUUACAUGAGGAGUUAUCCUGUUGGCAAAUCUGGAAGCAGGUUGCAAGUGAAUUAACCAGGUGCCUUCAGAGGAAGAAUUUCCAGUUAAUAAAAGUUGAUUCUAUGCAGGUUUCUGAAAAUGAGAAUGAUACAAUGAGUCAUAAAGGAGAUAGCUCCAGUAAUACUGAAAACCGAGAGUGUUCAGAUUUGAGGACUCAAGAUUCUUGUCAGAAUAGUUGUUGGCAUGCAACACAAAAUCAGAGUAGAGGUAAGCAGAUUGACAAGCAAAGUGACCUGCAUGUGUGUGAAGACUUCAUUGAGGAAUCUUCGUGUAGUGAGCAGAUUAACACUGCCGCUAAGUGGAAACCCUACAAAGGUAAGGAAUGUGGCAAAGUUGGCAUCAGUGAUGACACGAGUCAGCAGCUGCCCGUAGGAGAAAAACCACACCCAUGCCAUGAGUGUGGAAAGGGGUUCUGCUACAGCUCAGUGCAUCCCCUUCGCCAGAGUGUUCACCCAGGAGAGAAGUGCUUCAGCCAGAGUUCACAUCUGGAAAUUCAUCAGAGAAUUCACUCAGGAGAGAAACCAAAUGAAUGUCGUGAAUCUGCUGAUUACUUCAGGAAGAACUCUCUUCACUCUCAUCAAGCUCAUCAUACAGGAGAGAAGUGCUACCGCUGUGACAGCUGUGGCAAGGGAUUCAGUAGCAGCACGGGGCUCAUUAUUCAUUACCAAACUCACACUGGCGAGAAACCGUAUAAGUGUGAGGAGUGUGGGAAAUGCUUUAGUCGGCGUUCAAAUUUUCAGUGCCAUCAGAGAGUCCACACUGGAGAAAAACCCUACAGAUGUGAGGCAUGUGGGAAAGGCUUUACCCGGAAUACAGAUCUUCAUAUCCAUUUCCGAGUUCACACGGGAGAGAAACCCUACAAAUGUAAGGAGUGUGGUAAGGGCUUCAGUCGGGCCUCCAAUCUCCAGGUCCAUCAGAGUGUCCACACCGGGGAGAAACGAUUCAAAUGUGAAACGUGUGGGAAGGGCUUUAGUCAGUCCUCAAAGCUUCAAACCCACCAGAGAGUCCACACUGGGGAAAAACCAUACAGAUGUGGUGUGUGUGGUAAGGGCUUCAGUCAGGCCUCCAAUCUCCAGGUCCAUCAGAGUGUCCACACCGGGGAGAAACGAUUCAAAUGUGAAACGUGUGGGAAGGGCUUUAGUCAGUCCUCAAAGCUUCAAACCCACCAGAGAGUCCACACUGGGGAAAAACCAUACAGAUGUGGUGUGUGUGGUAAGGACUUCAGUUACGGCUCAAAUCUGAAGCUGCACCAGGUAAUCCAUACCGGAGAAAAGCCAUAUCACUGUGAGGAGUGUGGGAAGGGCUUCAGUUGGAGAUCAACCCUCAAUGCUCAUCAGAGAGUCCACUCGGGAGAGAAGCCCUAUAAAUGUGAGGAGUGUGCGAAGAGCUUCAGUCAGGCCAUAGAUUUCCAGGUACACCAGUGAGUUCAUACUGGAGAGAAGCCAUACACGUGUGGUGUGUGUGGUAAGGGUUUCAGUCAGUCCUCUGGGCUUCAGUCUCACCAGAGGGUCCACGCUGGGGAGAAGCCAUACAAAUGUGACGUGUGUGGAAAGGGCUUUCGGUACAGCUCGCAGUUUAUAUACCAUCAGAGAGGCCACACAGGAGAGAAACCCCACAAGUGUGAGCAGUGUGGUAAGGCCUUCAGUCUCCCCUCCAAUCUUCAAGUCCAUCUAAGUGUCCACACUAGGGAGAAACACUUUACAUGCACGGAGUGCGGUAAGGGCUUCAGUCAGAGUGCACGUCUUCAAGCCCAUCAAAGGCUCCACACUGGAGAAAAACCAUACAGAUGUGAUACAUGUGGGAAGGACUUCAGCCACCGCUCACGUCUUACGUACCAUCAGAAAGUCCACACUGGCAAAAAGCUUUAGCAAUGAGAAAUGUGUUACUGACUUGUCAGAGUGCACAUCUUCAUUUCUUUCUGGAGUCCAUGUGGCAAUAAACCUUACACCUAUUAACAGUGGAAGGAAAUUCUUCAGACUCAGAAUUUUCCUGAUCAUUAAAAUGGUGACACAGAACCAGAGAAACAAGAAUAGAACUCUCCUUGGGAGAGGAGUAGAAAUUUGGCCCUCUUGGUAAGAGUCAAUUAGUAGAAAUUAUAUUUCAAUGUGAAUAAUUCCUAAAGACAGUAUGUGAAAGGAUGUUUUCCAUACACUGACUAACUGGGUUUGUUUUGUUUUGUUUUUAGUUUGUAUUUAUUUUGGUUAGGGAGAGUUGCAUUAUUUUUCCACUAAUUUUCCUUUUAUAUUUAGAGCAGCCAUUAUUUUUACUAAAUCUGGAAAGCUAUGAAAAAUGAAUAAAAUUGCUGAUUAAAAUUCAUGUAGCUAAGGACUCAUAAUAUUGUUUCAUAUUGCAUGUAAGUUAAAAAUUAAGGGAUAGAUUCCACAGAGAUGAAUCUUUGAAUUUCAGAAGUAAAUAGGAGGCUGGCACAGUGGUACAGUAGGUUAAUCCUCCACCUGUGGUGCUGGCUUCCCAUAUGGGCGCCGUUUCUAGUCCCAGCUGCUCCUCUUCCAAUCCAGCUCUCUGCUAUGGCCUGGGAAAGCAGUAUAAGAUGGCCCACGUCCUUGGGCCUCUGCACCCACAUGGGAGACCGGGAAAAAGCACCUGGCUUCUGGCUUUGGAUUGGCACAGUUCUGGCCAUUGUGGCCAUUUGGGGAAUGAAACAACGGAAGGAAGACCUCUCUGUCUCUCUGUAACUCUACCUCUCAAAUAAAUGAAUGAAAUCUUAAAAAAGUAUACUUACGUAAUAUAGAGUAUGUCCACUGCAUCAUUGUUUAAUGGCAAGAGUAGAAAUAACCAGAUUGCCAAAGUAGUUGAUGGUUUACUAAUACUGGAUUGCUAUGGAAACAUCACAUGGGAGAAGGUAAAUUUGUAGGUAUUGAGGUUGGAAGAUGUCAAGAAUAUAUUGACUUUAAAAAGCACAAAAGAAAUUUUUAAAUUUAAAAAAAAAUGCAGGAAGGUG